GCUCGUGCAUCUUGAGCUAUACAGUGACUACGAACGGGCGUUUUCGCCUUGCCGCAUGGCCUCUUGCAGGACCUCCGCCAUCUUGGGCGUGCUGCUGCUCCUCGUUUCUCUGGUGAAUGUCACGUUCAUGCUACGGCUGUAUCAUCAGCAUGGGAGAGCAUAUUACUCAUGGCACGGGAGCGACUACCCACAAGAGCUGCCCGCUUACCGCGGCCAGAAGGCCAAAAUGACAAUGCAGGAGUCCGCGGUCUACCCGCUCCUAGGCUACGAUUCAGACGAGAUAUGGACCACCAUCGCGUGCAAGAGCUUCGGGUACGCUCGCUUUGGGCCAGAUGACCGGUUGCUACUGCCCUCGAUGUUCCACGACCUACACUGCCUGAGGAUGCUCAGCUCGGCCUUUGGGCACGCGAAUCCCGCCUGGGCGCACAUCCACCACGUCCGUCACUGUCUUGGCUAUCUCAGGACCUCAAUCCUCUGCCGCCCAGACCUGACGCUCGAGCCUGGCGACUUCACUCAGCGCGACUUCGACGUGGACUGGGUAGGGGAGACGCAUACCUGUCGAGAUCAUUCGGUAGUAUACGACUUCCUGGACAAGAACUUUGACGAUUGGGAGGCGCGCACGAAGGUGAUUCUUGCGUCCGGCGCUGAUAUUGACAACGAUACAGACUGACAGUCGAGCAGAACUCAUCGGAGUCGGAGGCAUAACUGAGUGAGAAC